GUGUACCUAUCAGAGCCCGCAUUUACAUCAGGAGUCCUCAUCAGAAUACCCCUUUAUUUCAGAUUCCCAUCAGAGUACCCCCUUAUAUCAGGGUCUCCAUCAGUGUGCUUCCUUACAUCAGGGUCCCCAUUAGAGUAUCCCCCUACAUCAGAUGUCCCAAUCAGAGUUCCCUCUUACAUCAAGCCUCCCAAUCAGAGCGCCCCCUUACAUCAGUGUCCCCAUCAAAUUAUCCUCAUCAGAGUGCCCCCUUACAUCAGGUAUCCCCAUCAGAGCGCCCCCUUACAUCAAGUGCCCCCUUACAUCAGGUAUCCCCAUCAGAGUGCCCCCUUACAUUUGAUUAGUUAUUCCCAUCAGAGUGCCUCCUUACAUCAGGUAUCCCCAUCAGAAUGCCCCCCUUACAUCAGGUAUCCCCAUCAGAGUGCCUCCUUA